CCCCGCCCCCCGCGGCCGGCUCCCCUCCCCCGGCCGCUGGCUCGCUCAGCUCGCAGCGCUGCAGAGGCUCUGAGGCGGCGGCGGCGACUCCCUCUUCCCCUCCCUCCUCUCUGUCCGUCUAUCCGUCUGUGCGUCUGUCCGUACGGCCUCGGUCCGGCCCGCAGCAUGGCCGGCGUCAGCUUCAGCGGCCACCGCCUGGAGCUGCUGGCGGCAUACGAGGAGGUGAUCCGGGAGGAGAGCGCGGCCGACUGGGCUCUGUACACAUAUGAGGAUGGCUCAGAUGACCUCAAGCUUGCAGCGUCAGGAGAAGGGGGCUUGCAGGAGCUCUCAGGCCACUUCGAGAACCAGAAGGUGAUGUACGGCUUCUGCAGCGUCAAGGACUCUCAGGCUGCUCUGCCAAAAUACGUGCUCAUCAAUUGGGUCGGUGAAGAUGUGCCUGAUGCCCGCAAGUGUGCAUGUGCCAGUCAUGUGGCUAAGGUGGCUGAGUUCUUCCAGGGUGUCGAUGUGAUCGUGAAUGCCAGCAGUGUGGAAGACAUAGAUGCAGGUGCCAUUGGGCAGCGACUGUCCAACGGGCUGGCACGGCUCUCCAGCCCAGUGCUGCACCGCCUGCGCCUGCGUGAGGAUGAAAACGCGGAGCCUGUGGGGACCACCUAUCAGAAGACAGAUGCAGCUGUGGAAAUGAAGCGGCUUAACCGAGAGCAGUUCUGGGAGCAGGCCAAGAAGGAGGAGGAGCUGAGGAAGGAGGAGGAGAGGAAGAAGGCCCUGGACGAGAGGCUCAGGUUUGAGCAGGAGCGGAUGGAGCAGGAGCGGCAGGAGCAGGAGGAGCGGGAGCGGCGUUACCGCGAGCGAGAGCAGCAGAUUGAGGAGCACAGGAGGAAACAGCAGACUCUGGAAGCAGAAGAGGCCAAGAAGCGGUUGAAGGAGCAGUCAAUCUUUGGUGACCAGCGGGAUGAGGAAGAAGAGACCCAGAUGAAGAAGUCAGAAUCGGAGGUGGAGGAGGCAGCAGCCAUCAUUGCCCAGCGACCUGACAACCCUCGAGAGUUCUUCAAGCAGCAGGAACGAGUCGCAUCGGCCUCUGCAGGCAGCUGCGAUGUGCCCUCACCCUUCAACCACAGGCCAGGCAGCCACCUGGACAGCCACCGGAGGAUGGCUCCAACCCCCAUCCCCACCCGGAGCCCAUCUGACUCCAGUACAGCCUCAACCCCCAUCGCUGAGCAGAUUGAGCGUUCCCUGGAUGAGGUCACAUCCUCACAGCCUCCACCGCUGCCACCACCGCUACCACCAGCCCAAGAGACCCAGGAGCCCAGCCCUCACCUGGAGAGGAAAGAGACCAGGAAGGAGGUCCAAGCAGCAGCCCCUCAAGAGGAGCCCCUUCUGGCAAAGGAGCCUCCCCCGGUGCAAGGCAGCCCCAUGGAGGACUUAAUGUUCAUAGAGUCUCCAGAUCAGGCUGUCCUAGCUGUGCCUCUGGAACCUGCCCCAGCUGACACCACUGCAGCUGACACCUCUGUAGCUGACGCAGCUGACACCAUUGAAACCAACACUGCCGACGUUGACACCACUGUUGCCAACACCACCGCCCCCGCUGCUGCCAGCCUCAUUGACCUAUGGCCUGGCAAUGGGGAAGAGGCCUCUGUGUCCCAGGCCUGGGAGACACAAGCCAAGCCCACACCACCCUCAGGUGCUGAGGUCACUUUGGCAGAGGUGGCCCUGCUGAACCAGGAGGCUCAGGAGCCCCUGCCACCAGUGGGCGAAGGCUGUGCCAACCUUCUCAAUUUUGAUGAGCUGCCAGAGCCACCUGCUACCUUCUGCGAUCCAGAGGAGGAAGUAGGAGAGCCCCUGGCUGUUCCCCAGGCCCCAGCCCUGCCUUCUGCUUUAGAGGAGCUAGAUCAGGAGCCGGAGCCAGAACCCCACGUGUUGACCAAUGGCGAGACCACCCAGAAGGAGGGGACUCAGGCCAGUGAAGGGUACUUCAGCCAAUCACAGGAAGAGGAGUUUGCCCAAUCAGAAGAGCUGUGUGCAAAGGCUCCGCCUCCUGUGUUCUACAACAAGCCUCCCGAAAUCGACAUCACCUGCUGGGAUGCAGACCCAGUGCCUGAAGAGGAGGAGGGCUUCGAGGGUGGAGAUUAGUGGUGCAUCGCCCUAAGGCUGCCUUCACCAAGGCCGCCCACUUCCAGGCCUCUGUCCAGGCGGCCCAUCGUGCCUGCACUUGCAGCCGCUCCGCCUGGCACCCACUCUGGAUUCCGGCCCUGGCCCGGACUUGGUCGCUUCCCCACCCACAGGGCCCAACUUUUGACAGCUUUUCUCUUUUUUUUAAAGUGGAUAGGAGACUUGUACAGUUGACUGAUUUUCCUCCCGUUGGUAGUUGAGACGCUGUUGCAGAUUCCACCCUCUCCCUGCCGGGUCCAGAUUGUAGCUCUUAGCUUUUCCCGCUCAGCUGGCCGGGUGGAGACCUGACCGCUUGGGACCUGGUGUGGGGGAGCUCUGAUGGGAAGAUAACCCCUCCCUCACCUCUUUUCCUAGUUUUAUGUUUCUUGGAAAAAUAUCACUUUGUAUUCUCUGUCCAGGGCUUCAGAUAUUUUGCACGAAUUUUAAAACAUGGCAAUAAAUGGCUCGUGGGCUCUGGC